ACUUUUCUUUGUAACAAUACUGUAACGAUUGAACAAUCCAACAACAAGCAUUCCGUACGUACCAAGAACAUCCCAACAAACUUUUGAAAAAYAUAUCGACCAUGCCGUCAAAGAGCAGAGAAAACGCCCGCUCUACCGACGGUAGCAGCGAUGUCGACAGAGAAAGGACGGGGGACCAGAGCAGCACGAUCACGAGCCUGCUGAUCGUGAUUCUCUCCCUCGUGUUUGUCGUGAUUUUCGGUGGAUCCCUCAUCGGCGGCAUACUCAGCGGGGAUCCCAGCAACGUCUUCUUCAUCACGAUCGUCGCGGCCUCGGCCUUUGCCAUUUCCGUUGCGCUGGGCGUCUCGGUUCGAUACGUUCUCACGCAGCGCUCGAAAAGACAGCRGGCUGAACACGGCGACGACUAUUUCGCCAAGGACAACCACGUGAGAGAAACCUUCUCGGGCAGCAGCGACGAGGAGAACCACCUGUGCGCGAACAACCGACCCUCCGACUACGACCCGCGGGACGGCCACUAUCCCCCCAUCGAGUCCGAAAUCAAGGAGAUCGAGGCGAAGAGCGUGUUUGGUGAGAUGAGCGCACUGAGCCCCACGACCUACGACGGAGGCUCUCUCUCGACGUACCGCCACCACAUCAUCCGAGACAACCACCRUCGGGGGUUCGACUUCUCCAGCAUCACCUCGGCCAAACACGGAGACAACGCUAGCGGGCGCCAGGACCCUCCGGAGGGCACUGGUCUGGCAACCAUCCAGGCAGCCUGGAACACACGAGCCGUCUCUCGGGAGCCAUCGGCUCCGAAGUUUUCGACCGAGGGAGAAACCAUUGYGGACAACGACUAUUCCAAGGACGCCAACGACGACUGCGACGAGAAAUCCAGUMGGUCGCGAAAGAGUGCAAGAUCUCGGGGCGAUCUCGAAGAGAAAUCGGUCAGAACGGAACGAUCCAAAUACAGCCAGCGCACCAAGAGUAGCAGCAAGUCUCGUUCCAGGUCCAAAAGCCCAUCGAAUCUYCGCAACGGAAAGAGCCCCGCAAACUCCGAAGCGAACUCAUUCUUUAGYAGUGGCCGAAAAGAAAAGGUGCGUCGCUAUGUGUAGAUCGAGGAAGAUGAAUACCAAUUUUUGAAAUUUUCCUGUUCUGACAACUUUUUUUAAAAUAAAUUUUUGAUUCACACAGGAGGCUACAGUACAUCCUGUGCCUCCAAUGAGCACAAGGYCUGGAGCGACGAGUUCAGUAAAACCUUCUGCAGUACCCUCAACGCCUGCAGCAAGUGAGGCCGGUAGCUUCGCCAGUAGCUUUAUGGGAUUGUUUGCAAAGGGUAAAAAAACUGCUUCGGAAGCAGGUUCAACUAGUAUGAGUAGCUCUGACAAGUCGAAGACGGAGCCAAAAGAAAAAGWUCCUGAUGGAAAAAAGAAAGAUCGUAAACCACCGAUGGUACGACCACCUAUGAUGCCUUCGAACAAAAAAGGAGGUGAUGGCCUGCAAAGUGUUGGUCUCACUGGACCAUCUGUUUCGACACCGUCAAACAACAGCACUUUUACCAUUCCCCCACCACGAGUGGUACCRCGAACGCCAGCUGGUGGCGAUGGUUUCUCGGAAUUUCAAUCAGUGGUUGAGAGCACUUACAGCAAUGGAGUUGCAUCCUCAACCUUCGAUCCCCAAGCUCGAGAAAGGGCAUUGCAAAARCUUCGAAGAAAUCAAGCUGCGAUAGGAGCAGCUCCAAUAGGGGCUGSUCCGUUAGGGGCAACUCCUGUAGAUGCUGGUGACAUGCCGAUAUACUACACUGAUGACGAUGAUAAGGCGUCUUCUGUGGGGGGUAACUCAGCCGCUCAAUUAAAUUCCUAUGACGUCUUCGCACCACCGGGUGCUCUUGGCAUCGUUGUAGAUACAACUGAUAAGGGUUGUAUCGUGUAUUCAUUGAAGAAAUCCUCCCCGAUGUUAGGGCUAAUGCAUAAGGGACAUCUGAUCAUCGGCUUGGACAAUUUUGACGUAAGAAAUAUGACUGCAUCGUCUUUGACGAAGCUGAUGGCCAAAAAGUCGGAUCAACAAGAGCGCAAAUUCACGCUGGUACCCAACAAUUAAAUACGAUUUAACUCGUCCGAUGCCAAGCCGACAAUGGUAUGCACGAUAUUUUACCGGUUC